AUGACAAAGACACAGUACACCUUUCCCCCUGGCUCGACCGUCCUGGUCACUGGGGCCAAUGCCUACAUUGGAUCGCACAUUAUCAACAUCCUCCUAGGCCUCGGAUACCGUGUUCGUGGCACUGUUCGCACGCCCCGACCUUGGUUGAAUGAGUAUUUUGACAAGCGCUAUGGAAAGGGCUUGUUUGAGACAAUCUUGAUCGCGGAUCUCCAAGACCCCAGUGCAUUUGAUCAUGCUCUUACUGGAGUGUCCGGGGUAGUCCAUAUGGCCCAAGCAAUGCCAUGGGAUCCAGCAAAUAGUGAUCCUGUAGGAUACACUGUGGCUGGAACUUUGAAUGUUCUCCGAUCUGCAUCUAAGGAGCCCUCCAUCAAGCGCGUGGUACUUGCUUCGUCCAUUGUUGCCGCGGGCUAUCCGGAAGGCAACAAGCCUUUUAAAUUUGACACGGAUUCGUGGGACAAAUCUACACCGGAAACUGCAAUUUCGAUAUAUACCGUGUGCAAGACCGAAGGCGAACGACAGGCUUGGAAAUGGGUAGAAGAGAAUCGUCCUUCCUUUACUCUGAACACCGUUCUCCCCUGGAUGAACUUUGGUCGAACCCUUCAUCCUGAAAUUGGUAGCUCAGGACACAAAUGGAUUCGAGGCCUUUUGAAGGGGGAUUCGACUCCCUUUAAGGUGGUUCCCAUCCCAUGGUUCAUUGAUGUUGAGGACUCUGCACGACUCCACGUCAUCGCAUUGCUCAGUACGGAGGUCAAUUCGGAACGACUGUUCGGGGCCGCAGCACCUUUUGUAUGGAGCGAUAUAACGGCUAUUAUGAAGAAAGCGGAUCCUAUGAACAAGCUCAUCCCAGACGCACCACCGACGGAGAAGGCUAGUCUGGGUGAAGUAGUGCCAGCGCAGCGGGCCGAAAACCUCAUUCGUUCCUUCUUUGGACGACCUGGUUGGACUACUCUUGAAGAUUGUAUCAAAGCAACCGUAAAAACCGCAUGA